CACUGCUUCGUCUCUAUCACUUAGCAAGUUGUUUUCUUUUUAUUUUGUUAUUUAAUUCAUCUGGAGAUUUUAAUUUAAUUUUGAAAGCACUUAACUUUGUGUGUUGUUUAAUUAGUAUCAAAGAAGAUGAAUCUGUUCAAUUUUGCAUUGUCCGUGUCACUCUCAUGUUUUUUUAAAUGCUUCUCAAAAGUGCCAUUUCGAAAUCUCAAUGGGAGUUCAAUUCAGACCAUGUUUAGUGUCACAAAGUUGCUUCCUUUCUUUCUUGCCUUGGUUGUUGCAUGUAAGGGAGUGUGAAUUGUGUUUUGUGUUGUUGGAACUGUGAUUUUCCGUUUAUCCGGUUUUGUGAAUCUUUCUGCUUUUAUUUGUUGCGGAAUAUUUACGAUUACCUCUUAGUUUAUAGUCUAGUUUAUUGGUAGAACGAGAUCAUGUAUGUGUUACUUUUUUAUUUGUUGCUGAAUAAUUAUGACUAGCUCUUAGUUUAUAGUGUAGUUUAUUGGUAGAAUGAGUUCAUGUGUGUGUUUCUUCAAGAACAUGUUUCUGCUUUCCGUGGUUGUAGUAUAUUUGUUUUUAAGGGGAAUCGUGUGAAUCUGUUUUGGCGGGUCUGGUAUAAAUUUUAACUAAUGGACUGCUAGUAUUAACUUGUUGGAUUCUCAAGUAAAGCAAUGAGUAGAUGUGUUGGAGUUAUAACUUUCAGGAUGGUGAAACCAGAAAUUUAUUUUAGCUAUCUAUGUACUGCAUGGGAAUAUUAUGCCUGCGUGUCUACAUGCUUCAAUUUAUCAAUAUAUGGUAUAACAUAUAUUCUUCCUUUUGUUGCCUGGAUUGAAUGUAUGUGUAAUUGCAUAUUAAAUUCUAUAAUUCAUGUGAUGACAAAGGUAGCUGGCCGGCUUCCUUUAAUGGUAGCUGAAAUGGAAUGUAAAUUAAGAUCAUUGAUGAUUCUAUUGGUUUUGGUCGGUAUUUCAGGCUUUGACCAAACAUAUGCUUUUAGUUAUACCGAUUAUAGUUGCAUUUGUUGUCUUGCAAUAUACUUGUUUUGUCCUCAGAGACUGGAAGGAAGGAAACACUUGAAGCUGUCAAUCCUAUAUCCCUUAUGUUUUUCCUUGCCUCUUGUCUUGAGUCUAAGUGGUGAUGGUGAAAAAAGUGACAUUUCAAAGGACUGGUAUGGAGUGUUUUGACAUCUGGAAAACGUCAUGGUGCACUGUUUAGAUGGAUUAAAGCAGUUGUAUAUUGCUGUAAUAAAUUUUUGUGAUGCUGAUUUGUGCCCAGAGCCUAGAGGUUUGCAACAUCCAGAAGUGCUAGCAAGAGAAACAGUGUUUAGUGUAAGUGAGAUUGAAGCACUGUAUGAACUAUUCAAGAAGAUCAGCAGUGGAGUAAUGGACAAAGGAUUAAUUACUAAGGAUGAAUUUCAGUUGGCCUUAUUCAAGACAACCAAGAAAGAGAGCUUAUUUACAGAUAGGGUGUUUGACUUGUUUGACACAAAGCAUAGUGGAAUACUUGAUUUCAAAGAGUUUGCACUUGCUCUCUCUGUCUUUCAUCCCAGCGCAUCAAUUGAUGAUAAGAUUGAGUUUUCAUUCCAAUUGUAUGAUCUCAAACAACAAGGAUUUAUUCAGAGACAGGAGUUAAAACAAAUGGUGGUUGCCACUCUAGCUGAAUCUGGCAUGAAUCUUGCAGAUGAUGUGAUUGAAAGCAUCAUUGACAAGACUUUCGAGGAAGUUGAUACAAAACAUGAUGGGAAGAUUGACAAGGAAGAAUGGCGAAACCUUGUCUUGCAGCAUCCAUCCCUUCUAAAAAAUAUGACUCUUCAGUAUCUCAAAGAUAUUACAACUACAUUUCCCAGUUUUGUAUUUCACUCACAAGUUGAUGAUGUUUGAGGCAGCUACAUCAUCUAUGUCAGUUUCUCUGGUGUUGGCUGAGAAGGUUCUUGUUUCCCUUGAGAGUGGUGAAAUUCUGUGAGAAGGAUAUGGUUAAAAUGGAAAUGGGCUAUUUAUAUUUUCAUUGAACAGAACUUUUCCUUCCCUUUUUGGGUAGAUGAGGUUUGUGUUUCGAAUAAAUGGAUUUAAUUAUUUAUUUGCUUCAUUAUUAUUAGGAAUGAAAGUAGCAUAGGAUAGAAUAUACAGGUGUUUCAGAAAUAGCACUAGAAACUUUUGGAUAGAAAUAUAUUUUGCCAUUAUGGCUUCUAAACGGCUCCAGUGAGCUUAGGUGCAGAGUUAAGAAUUUGUAUGGCAGGUUUCAGCUUUUGUGCCUUAAAAAGGCUAAAACCAAUAUCGUCCUUUCUAUUA